UGACCGCAAUGAUAGCAUAGAAGAAGAAGAGGGGUGGUUGUGUGUUUACGGAAGUAGCUAGCUAGUUCGAUAUCUUUCAGCUUGUUAACAUAUUUACUUAAAUUAAUUAUAGUUUGCUACAUCAUGAAACUAUCAUGAUGGUAAAAAUAUAAUAGAAAUCAAAACAGGCGUGGUCUAACAGAACAAGAUAAACACAACGAAGGUCUCCUGAGGUGGUGAAUUGAAGCCAUAACAUAACUGACACCAUGGGGGCCGAGCAGAGCGGUGAUUCUGAGCACAAACACACCGACUACAGUUCCUCGGUGGUGCCCUCUCCAGCGAAGCAGAAGGCUAAAAUGGACGACAUUGUGGUGGUGGCUCAGGGGACACAGUCAUUGCGCAACAUCCAAAAUGACCCUGAUGUCAUCAAGCUUCAGGAAAUCCCCACUUUUCAGCCCUUGUUGAAAGGUGUGCUGAGCGGACAGAUGUCCCCCAGCAGUUUGUGUCUAGAGAGGCUGGACUCUGCCCAGGUGCUGCAGCUCUGCAUCCGCUACCAGGACCACCUGCACCAGUGUGCCGAGGCCGUGGCCUUCGACCAGAACGCCCUGGUCAAGAGGAUCAAAGAGAUGGACCUGUCUGUGGAGACGUUGUUCAGCAUCAUGCAGCAGCGUCAGAAGCGCUAUGCUAAGUACGCUGAGCAGAUCCAGAAGGUGAACGAGAUGUCCAUGAUCCUGAGACGUAUCCAGAUGGGCAUUGACCAGACCGUCCCCCUGAUGGAGAGGCUCAACAACCUGCUGCCGGAGUGUGAACGCCUGGAGCCCUUCAGCAUGAGGCCGGACGGGGACGUUGCAGCCAAGUAGAAAUAUCUCUGCCUGGGUAUGCUGAUACACUCACUGUCAUGGCCCUCUAGUCUAGCCUUCACUGCCUCCGCCAUUUUAAAAGCUCUUUAUUGAACCAUUCAUGUUGAACAGAAGGGGGGGGACUCUGCCCAGCUUGCUCCCCAAUCCAUCCUAAACCUUUCACAUCCACAACUUACCGGCCCUGGACAUUUAGCUCAGCCACUCAGCAUAAGCAGUCCUGUCCCCAUGCACCAGAUGUAGUGGGUUUCUGGGACAGCUACAUCGGGGGUUUGCAUGUCGCUGAGUGAAUUGGAAGACUGUAAAACAAGAAGUUUACAUGAUGAUUUACUGAAGGGAACCUGCUUGGCAAAAUUACUUCCAAAAAUGACUGAAUCUCCAGAAGUAAUAUUAGUCAAAGAUGAGCUCUGAAGAUAAACCCCUGGAGCUUCAACUGGCAGUAUUUUUGUUUUGGGGGGGGGAAACAUUUUUAUUACGCUAAAUUAUUUUGAGUGUUAGUUGACUGAAUAUGUUGGAUUCUCUGUGAGUAUUUUAAAUGGCUUACAUAACAACAAAUGCAAAUGUUUAUUUGGGAAAUAAAUUAAUACUUGAGAAAUUUGAA